AUGGACAAUCCGCUUGAUGCACAAGCCACAGAGAGUGUCGACUCUCUGAAACAAACCAUCGAGUCUUUAAAAAAGGAGUUAUGCUCCGUCACGAGUGAGAAUGACCUUCUGCGGGAAGAGGUGGAGAAGUACUACACAUCGGAAGAUAAGAAGGCGGAAGACACAAAUGCGCAAAAGCAGUUAGGCGAUCUUGAAAAAGAAAAAGCACAAAUACUUGCAGAAAAAGAUGGACUUCUAGAGAAACUGAAAAUGGCACAAGAAGAUCGAUUGGAGCAAACUGCCAAAUGUGAACGUCUUGAGUCCGAGUUGAGUAAAGUAAAGAAAGAGACUGUUGGACUUGAAAAGCAGUUAAAGGCGGCAAAAGACCAAAAUGAGGUGGUGUUAAUGGAGAAAAAGAGUUCCUCCGACCUUGCCGCUACUUUUCAAAUCACCAUCCAGCAAUUGAAAGAUCAAAUUGUCGAGAAGGACGAUCUGAUCAAACGCAUGAUGAAGAAUGUGGAAACGAAGUCGGCGUACAUGGACGAGUCGAUCAAGAAUUGGGAAACUUCGGAAGAGAAGAUGGGGCAGAUUCUCGACGACAGUUUUAAAAUUGUGGAAAUGGUCAAAAACAACAUGGAGAGUACGCGGAAUAGCCUCGACGAAAUCAUUUGGGAUCACGUCAAGAAAAACAUGGAGAAUGACUCAAGAGCGCGAUACGUCCAAUCCGUUGUGAAUGAGUGUCGGGAACAGAACGCGAUGUUACAGAAAGAUAAGGAGAAGAUAGUUUUGUGUGUGAUGCGAAUGAAGAACGUUGUUUCUGGAUUGGAAGAUCGAGUUCAAAUGCUCACAAAAGAGAAAGAUGACGCCAAAAUGAGUUAUGAAACACUGUUGAGUGAGAAGAUUGCGGAGAUUGAAAGGAUGAGUGGAACGACACAGACAGAAAAGGCGAAAAGUGAGAGGCUUGAAAAAUUGCUGAUUGAGGAAAAUGAGAAGAGAGAAAAGGCGGAACACAAAAGUGAGGACUUGGAAUACCUUAUUAACUCCUUUAAGGUGGAGGGAUCAAAAGGAAAACGGAACACAAUGCCGGACGACUUGGUCAAGUCGACAUUCGAAGUGAAACAAAUGAGAGAAAGGAUUGAUGAGCUUGAAAAGAACGUCACGAGUCUGAGUAAGUUACUUGGAGAGGAAAAGGUGAAGAGUAAAAGUGUCAGCGAGGAACUUUCGUCCAAGAUUACAAGGUUGAGCAAUGUGGAGAAAAAUGUAUUAAAUAUCGAGACGAGAAAGUUGUUGUUCAAUUAUGUCGCGUUGGGAGUGAAACUCAUGAACACACAAAACACGAACAAAAACACCAACCUCACCGAUUUUUAUGUAGAUAUGGAGAACGAGGCCGUACCAGUUUCGGAGUGGCCGAUGUGGAUCAACUCGAAAAUAGAGAAUACGCCGUUCCGUGCGAUGCGUGAUGUGAAUAAAGAAGAGAAGGGGAAAGCGAAUAAAACGAAGUAA